AUGGCUGCUCACCCUGUUAACCAAUCGGUUCGUGAAAUUGAUCAAGAUUCCUGGCUUCUUGGGGACCGUUUUACUUUAUCGAGAACAGAUUCACCUGUUUCUGACAUCUCAUGGGGUACUGGGAAUGGCUCAUUCUACAACCUUGCGACAGCUACAGAGCCGUUACCACAGUCCCGUGCUUUAGCGGAGACCAGUCACAUCCCUAAAGUCCACGACGCUGGCGGUGUGUCAGCAGUGUGGCUCUUCGGAGAGGCUGUUGUCAAGGUCAAGGUAAUUGACCCAAGGGCAACCCGAGAGCACGUCACGUUGGACUACGUUCGUAGCAAAAGCCCGAGCUUCGAAAUCCCAGAUGUUCUCUUUCAGACGGACUAUAAUGGCCGGUACUACAUCAUUCAACAAAAGCUGCCUGGCAGCACUCUUGCUUCACUUUGGCCAACCUUGAACAACGACUUGAAGCAGGAGUAUGUUUCUCGGAUUGCAGGUGUCUGCGAAGAGCUCGGAGCUUAUUUGGGAGGUGGGGUUCAUGGCGUGGACGGCAACCACUUGGCCGACCUUUACCUUUCGCCGCGGGGUUCAACGGAUUGCAGCCCCUCUGCGCUACUACGCAAUUGCGAGGCCCUCAAUAUGGAUUGCUCCAAAUUUCACUUCUAUCACUGCGACCUUGGACCUGGAAAUAUCAUUAUUGAUCCUGCCUCUGGCUCUUUCGGAAUUAUCGACUGGGAGACGGCUGGAUUUGUCCCUUUGGAGUGGAUACGCACCAAGUUCCGCGUCUCCAGUGGCAUGGAUCUGCCAUGUGACGACCCUGAGAUGCAUCCGGAGUGGAGGAGGCUUGUUCAGAGAUCAGUGGAUGACCUGGUGGAUGGGCGAGAGCUAAGCUUGGAGGAGGGUCUGGCUGUGGGUGGUUCACGCGCUAAUCGGGACUUCUCCCUCAUCAAUUCAAAUUCUUGA